AUGUCUACAUGCUAUCAAUGCGGUAAAACGGGACACUUUGCCCGUGAAUGCCCAGAUGGUGAUGGUGGAAGAGGAGCUCGUGGACCACGUCGCGGUUCUAGUGGUGGACGAGGUAGCUCUUGUUAUAACUGUGAAGUUGGGCAUUUCUCUCGAGAUUGCACCAAGGAAAGAGUCCUAAAAUGCUACAAUUGUGACUGUGAAGGCCAUAUAGCCCGCGAUUGCCCACAAGAGAAUCGUCGCCGAGGUGGUGGCGAAUGCUACAAAUGUGGGAAGCAAGGACAUUUUGCCAGAGAGUGCACUGAAAACGAAGCCAAUAUUCGAUCUAUGUUGGACUAUUUUGAAAAUAUGAUUUCCUGUUAUAAUUGUCACAAGAUGGGACACAUAGCUCAGAAUUGUCCCGAACCUAGAAACAUAUCUCGAGGAGGUUUCAAGUCAUGUUACAAGUGCGGUGAGCCAGGUCAUCUAGCUAAAGAUUGCCCUGAAGAGAACGCCAAAUGCUACAAAUGUGGCAAACCAGGUCAUAUAUCAAAAGACUGUGUAAAUGGCAUUAAUGGCCAUAGAAUUAUGGCAUCAUGUUUUAGAUGUGGCAGGAUUGGUCACGUAUCGAGCAAUUGUCCUGAGAAAAUGAAGAUGAGAGUUCUGAGCCAGAGAGAAUAUCAAUAUUUAACAAUCGAGGGAAUGUAUGUUACAAUUGUGGUGGCAUUGGGCACCUUGCAAAGGAUUGCAGCAGUGGUAGAAGGAAGCAGUUUUCAUGCUUUCGAUGUGGUAUGCGAGGUCAUCAAGCCCGUGAUUGCUUAAAGGAGGUGGAUGUGUGUUAUGACUGUGGGAAGCCAGGUCACAUUAAGGACUGCCCCAUGCCACUCCAAAAGUGUUACAAAUGUAAUGGAAUUGGUCACUUGGCUAAAGAUUGUGUUUCUUAUUGAUGAUUUGGUAUUAGAUUAAUGGUGGCAUUGGGAGUUAAAGGAAGGUGUAAGCCUGAUGCAGGUUAGCGGUUUGGCAUGUAAAUGCCCGUUUGAAGAAGUUUUGACAAAUUUCUAGAUCUAAUCAUUGAAUAAUGUGAUACGUCAAAAAGUGAUUUGGUUGGAUUGGACAACAAAUCAAAUGCAUUACUUCACACACUCAUUGUAAAUAUUUUAAACACUGUUUGUCUGUUAUAAGUGAAAGCCAUAAUAUAUUAUCUCAUUUGUUGAACGUUGUAAACGUUCACCCACGUCAGAACAAA